AUGAAUUUAUUUUUUUUCAUAGUUUUGGCACUUACGCCAAUUAUUAUUAUUAUUAUUAAAGGAGAACAAAUUGUAAUAAAUAGAGAAAGUGAUUUCGUUAAAAUAUUUUCAAAAUGUCGGAAAGGUAGUCCGGAUUUUGACGAAUGUAUAAAAAAUGGGGUGAACGCUGCCAGGCCAUAUUUUAAAACGGGUGUCAAAGAAUUCAACAUACCCCCUUUUGAUCCAUUUUACGCAGAGGAAGUCGUUCAAGUGCGUGGGAGUCACGGAUUAUACUAUAAGCUAACAAUAAGAAACGUUUACGAAAGAGGAUGGACUAAUUCGCACGUGUAUAAAUUUCAAAGCGAUUUAAAUAAUCAACUGAUACGUUAUCAUCAAUUUUUUCCAGCCAAAUAUUUAGACGGGUCGUGGGAAAUUGAAACGAAUAUUUUCAAACCUUAUAAAAAUUCUGGAACGUUCAAUUUGGGCCUAUUCAAUUACACUCAAGUAACAACGGCAGGAGUUAAAAAAGGUUAUCACGCUGAUCCCAAUGCACCUUUUCACGUGAGGAUACAAGCUCUUCAAUGUGGAAACAUGGAACUGCACAUAAAAAAUUUAAUACCAUCAUGGCGUUCUUCCGGAGAUCAGUUUGUCGACAGUCUUAUCAGAAUCGGUUGGAAACCUGGAUUCGAAUUAUCAAAACCUAUAAUUGACGAUCUCGUGAGCACGGCAUUCACGAAAAUAUUCAACGACGCGUUUAAAAAUUUCCCGUUCGAUAAAUUUUUUAAUUAA